GGGCUGAUAAACCCCCAGGCUUCCCUGCUGUUCCACAUCACUCUGCUUUGCUCUGUGUGUGUAUACGUGUUUUUAUAUGUGUGUUUGAAACAAACAGAAAGCGUGUAAGGACCUACGAGAGGGAGGACUCUUCUGUUUGCCUGACACUUUAAAAACAUGGACGCUGCAGAGUUCCGGAGACGCGGGAAGGAGAUGGUGGACUAUGUGGCCGAUUAUUUAGAGAACAUUGAGAAGAGGCAGGUUUACCCUGAUGUGGAACCUGGAUAUCUCAGGUCACUGAUUCCUGAGGAAGCCCCAGAGGAGGCAGAGAGCUAUGAGGAUGUGGUCAAAGACAUAGAGAGGGUGAUCAUGCCAGGGGUGACACACUGGCACAGCCCGUACUUCUAUGCAUACUUUCCUACUGCCCACUCUUUUCCUGCAAUGCUGGCUGAUAUGCUGUGUGGGGCCAUUGGCUGCAUUGGAUUCUCUUGGGCAGCGAGUCCUGCCUGUACAGAGCUGGAGACAGUGAUGCUGGACUGGCUGGGGAAGAUGCUGAAGCUACCAGAAGAUUUCUUGGCUGGUACUGAGGGCAGAGGGGGAGGGGUCAUCCAGGGCACUGCCAGUGAAGCCACUCUCAUGGCUCUUCUUGCUGCUCGUUCCAAAAUCGUCAAACUGAUCCAGGCUGACCAUCCUGAACGAUCUGAGACAGACAUUAUAUCCAAACUUGUCGCCUACUCAUCUGAUCAGGCACACUCAUCGGUGGAGAGGGCAGGUUUGAUAGGUGGAGUAAGGAUGAAGAAAAUGCCCACCGACAGUAAGUUUUCUGUGCGAGGAGCUGCACUGCAGAAAGUUCUAGAAGAGGACAGAGCCGCAGGACUCAUACCAUUUUUUGUAUGUAUAUCUCUAAUAACUACAAUCUUCUUUUUCGCAGACUCUUUCAAUUUCAAUCCUCAUAAAUGGCUCCUGGUCAACUUUGACUGCUCUGCAAUGUGGGUGAAGAAAAGAUCAGACAUCAUUGGAGCAUUUAAAAUGGAGCCGCUUUAUCUGAAGCAUGAUCACCAAGAGUCAGGAAUUGUCACUGAUUAUAGACACUGGCAGAUCCCAUUGGGUCGUCGGUUCCGCUCUCUCAAGAUGUGGUUUGUGUUCCGCAUGUACGGACUCAAAGGUCUCCAAGCCUACAUCCGCAAGCAUGUAGGACUGGCCAAAGAGUUUGAGUCUUUGGUGAGAGCCGAUCAACGCUUCGAGAUCUCAGCUGAUGUUGUGCUGGGCCUGGUCUGCUUUAGACUCAAGGGCUCCAAUGAAUUAAAUGAAACUCUGUUGAAGAGGAUCAACAGAGCACGUAAGAUCCAUCUGGUACCGUGCCAACUGGCAGGCAAGUUUGUUCUGCGGUUUGCCAUGUGCGCUCGUACUACUGAGUCACGGCAUGUUCAGGAGGCCUGGAGCCACAUCAGCCACCUGGCAUCAGAGCUGCUUCAGGAACUGCCCCACUGACUACUGUGGUGGGCAUCACAUGUUAAGACAAAUGGGUGAUCUGUAUUACGUCUGCUAUCCACACUGUCUUACUUUCACUCUACUGCUGCAAUUCUUUCCACUAUUUAUUGUCAAAAUGUAUGUAUGUGAGUGUAUGCAUGUUUGUCACAACGGUGUCCACCAAGAGAGCGUCUGUGUCUUUGUGAGCUUGAUCAUACAUGUCCUCUACUGUGAGCAGUGUUUUUUUCCCAAAAAAAUUGUACUGUUGUAUACUUGUGCGCUUGAAAAUGUGUCUAUAUUGAAAAUGAAAUAUGUUUUGUAAGAUGUUCAGAGAAUGUGUUCUCUGAAUAAGAGUCAAAAUGCUUUACCGGAGCAUUGUCCUUUACUUAUUUCACUAUAGCUUUGCUCACUCGUGCUGCAUUUUCAUAAAGCAAAAUCAAUUAUUGAGCCUAAUUUCUCUUUUCUUUCUUUUCUAAAAGCUUUGUUCUUGACUCAGCACAGCUGCUGUGAUGAGAUACCUCACCAACAUUCUUUGACAGCUGUUGUGCCCGAAUAGUUAAAAAGAUUAAACAGUAGUGUGUGUGUAUGUAUUAACAUUGACAAUAAAGUGCAUU